GCUGGAGUUUGCCCACACGCUCUACUUGUUCCUGGACCGACGAUGAUGUUGAUGGCGCGCGGCGUGCACAAGCGCGCGUACUCGCUCUCUGUCCAGAGCCUGCUGCAACAGUCGCUCUUGGCCACGGCCUACCCGCAGCUGACAGACAACAACACGCUUUUCCGGCGGUCGCACCAGCCGCAGACCGACUACCAAUCGAGCGCGGUGCUGAGCCUCGGGCUGCCGGCCAAAGAGCGCGUGCCCGCCGCCGAAGCCGUCUUACAGCGUCUCAUCAAGGCCGACACGACAAUGCUUGACCGUGCCGACGUCACGGCGCCGGGCUUUAUCAACGUCACACUACGCUCCGACUGGAUCGCGCAGCAUGCGUUUACAAUGGCGACGACGGGCGUGCAGCCGCGGUCGGCGGGCGACCACAAGCAGCGCGUGAUCGUCGAUUUUGCCUCGCCCAAUAUGGGCAAAGAGCUCCAUGUUGGCCACUUGCGCUCGAGCGUCCUCGGCGACACGGUCUGUAACCUCCUCGAGUUUCAAGGCCACGACGUGACGCGCGUCAGUCACGUCGGCGAUCUCGGCUCGGCCAUUGCCACGCUGCUCGUGCAGGCCAUGGACGAUGUUGACAACGCGGCUUUGGCGCUGCCGCCUCGAGCCGACCUCCUCGAUGCGUCGGCCUCGGCAGCGGACCUCGGACGGUGGUACGAGCGCGGCAAGCAACGUCUGACCACCGACGCUGCCUUCAAGACCCACGUCGACUCGGUCGUGCUGCAGCUGCAAAAGACCGACGCGUCGCCAUGGACACUGCCGUGGAAACAGACGUGUGCGAUUAGCCGCGCCGCGUUUGCCGGUCUCAACGCCCGUCUCAACGUCACCGUACACGAGCGUGGCGAAGCUACGUACCUAUCCCUGAUCCCCAAGGUGCUCGAGCUUCUCGUGCAGUCGGGUCUCGCAGUUGAGUCGCAAGGCGCGCUCUGUAUCUUUAUUGAUGGCCCCGACAAGUCGCCGAUGCUCAUCCGCAAGCAAGACGGCGGCUUUUUGUACGCCACGACGGACCUCGCGACGCUCUACUCGCGUAUCCACGGCGACCCGUCGAUCGACCCGAUCGCGUACGACCGCGCCAUUUACAUUACGGACCUCAGCCAAAGCUUGCACUUUCGCCACUUGUUUGAAGCGGCCCGCCGCGCAGGGUGGACUGCUGGCCGUCCCGUGCAAUUGGACCACGUCGGCUUUGGUCUCGUCAUGGGCGAAGAUGGCACCAAGCUGAGCUCGCGCAAAGGUGGCUCGACGUCGCUCGAGGCGCUCUUGAACCAAGCUGGUCUUGAGAGCGCCCAACGGUCGGUUGUCGCCGACGCCGACCACGGCUACAUUGGUGACGCGGCCGUGCGUUACUAUGACUUGGCGCAGCACCGUGAGCGCAACUACAAGUUUGCGUACAGCUCGGUACUCAACCUCAAGGGCAACACGGCCGUGUACCUCAUGUACGCGAGUGCGCGCCUCCAGGGGAUUCGCCGGAAAGCAGGGCUCACCGAGGCGUGGGCUUCGGUCUUGGCCGACCCCGCCUCCGCAGCGGUGCUUCUUGGUGCGUUGUGCCAGGCGUCGGCGACGUGGCACCCGACCGAGCGCGCCUUGGCCUUGGUCUUGAGUCAGUUUGAAGAUGCGCUGCUCGAGACGCAGGCCGGAUGGCACCCGCACAUGCUCUGCGAGUACAUGUUUCGACUCACAACGAGCUUCCACGCGUUCUACGAGGCGUGCCGCGUCCAGAACCACGCUCCGCGCCUUGUGCUCUGCGCCGCGACCGACGCCGUCCUCCGCCGGGGCCUUGCACUUCUCGGUAUUGCGGCCAUCGAACGCAUGUAG